AUGAACUUUGAAGAUCUCCUUCAGGAGGCUGGUGGUUUUGGCAAAUUCCAGCUCCUGACACUGCUUCUGCUCUGUCUUCCAAGGCUUUUCCUCCCCUUGCAUUUCCUACUGCACAACUUCUUGGCAGCCAUUCCGCCUCAUCAUUGUGCCAUCUCACACCAGAACUGGCUGGCCAACUUCACCAAGGAAGAGGUGUGGCUCAUAAGCAUCCCCAGAGACUCUGAAGGUGUCUUCAGCUCCUGCAAGAUGUUCUCUGAACCUCAGUUUCACUUACUGGUUAACUCCACCCAGGAAGCUGCUGACACAACAGCUAACAUCACCACCAUCCAGAGCUGCCAGCAUGGAUGGGUCUAUGAUCAAUCCCAGUUCACUUCCACGAUAGCCACCCAGUGGGACUUGGUUUGCGAACAAAGAGGAAUGAACCAAGCAACUGCUACUUUCUUCUUCAUUGGUGUCAUGCUUGGAGCUGUGGUCUUUGGCUACCUCUCGGAUAGGUUUGGCCGGAAAUCCAUGCUUCUUGUGUCAUAUAUAUUCACCCUCAUCUUUGGCCUCCUGAGUGCUGUCUCAGUUACAUACAGUAUGCUAGCAGUCACACGGGCCCUGACUGGGAUGGCCAUCUGUGGGCUCUCCCUCAUCGUACUGCCUCUGGGCUUAGAAUGGGUGGAUAUACACCAUCGCACCAUAUCUGGGGUCAUAACCAGCAUCUUCUGGAGUUUUGGAAACAUGCUUCUUGCUCUGAUUGCCUACCUGGUGCGGGAUUGGCGUUGGCUGCUGUUUGCUGUCACUCUACCUUGUGUUGUGGGCAUUGUCUCUGUGUGGUGGCUUCCAGAAUCUGCCAGGUGGUUAUUGACCAAAGGGAAGUUAAAGCAAGCUCACAGACAUCUGCAAAGAUGUGCCGAAAUGAAUGGAAGGAAAGAGUUUCCCGCCAAGAUAAACCUUGAGAUCUUAAGAAAGACAGCCGCAACAGUAGCACAGAAGACAAAUGAGAAUUAUUCCUACACCAGCCUUUUCCAAACACUGAUGCUGAGAAGAAUCUCAUUUUGUAUGGGGGCCGUGUGGUUCGGGGUGGCCUUUUCUUACUACGGCAUGAGCAUGAACAUCACUGGCUUUGGCCUGGGCAUGUACAUGACCCAGUUUGUCUUUGGGAUCAUUGAGAUUCCAGCCAAGAUCAUUGUAUUUAUUGUGGUGAACCGAGCUGGACGAAGGCAAUGCCAGGCCUGGUCUCUCAUCCUUGCUGGCUUAUCUAUAGGAGCCAACAUUGUCAUCCCAAAGUCUCUGGAGACUUUACGCUCAGUGGUUGCCAUUACUGGCAAAGGAUUCUCUGAAGCAGCUUUCACCAUAGUCUUCUUGUAUGCAUCAGAACUUUAUCCCACUGUUCUCAGACAGAAAGGGCAAGGAUACUGUUCCUUCAUGGCACGUCUAGGUGGGUCAGUGGCGCCUCUCAUCUUCCUGCUGGAUGGCCUUUGGAAGCCUCUGCCCCAAGUCACAUACUGUGCUGUGGCUGUGCUUUGUGGUUCAUCAGCCUUCUUCCUCCCUGAGACAUUAAAUGUCCAGCUGCCAGAAACAGUUGAGGACACUGAAAAACAAAGCUCAGGAAAGAAGAAACAGCUGCGCGGGCAUAUCUCUGAAGCCAUGCCUCUGCAGUCAUUAUAGAAGUGACCUGCUGUGUGGUAGAUGCAACUAGCAACAGGGGAGUGAGGGCUGCGGAAGGGAUGAUCAAGGAACAUGUAAGACUCUGAUUUUACAUUACAAUA